AGGCUCCCCGUGUCCUCUCUCUCUCUCUCUCUCUCUCGCUCGCUCGCUCGGCCGCCUUCUUUCCAAGCGGCGACGACAGGGGAGUGGCGCCGCCCUUGCCAGUUCUUCGUCGGACGCUUCGCCGGCCGACAAGGGUGCAGGUGUACACCCAUGUCCUAUACUGGGUCCGCCCCUGUGGAUGAGUGGAUUCGCCAGGCCGAGUUGUGGGGGCGCCAGGCCGAGGCCUGGAUCCGUCAGCAGCCCCCGGAGCAGAUCUAUGUCGCGGCCGCGGUGGUCGCCAUCACAAUCCUGGUGCUUGUCGUAGCAUCUUGCCUGAAAUCCUCGAAACCAAACACCAUAGUGCUAUCUGGGCUUAGUGGCUGUGGCAAAACUACUCUUUUCUACCAGCUUCGGGAUGGAUCAUCACAUCAAGGAACUGUGACUUCAAUGGAAGAAAACAAUGAUACGUUUGUGCUGCAUUCGGAGCAAGAAAGGAAAGGCAAAGUAAAACCUGUGCAUAUUAUUGAUGUUCCUGGUCAUGCAAGGCUCAAACCCAAGCUUGAUGAAGUCCUGCCUAAAGCAGCUGGGGUUGUUUUCAUUGUUGAUGCUCAAGAUUUCUUGUCUAGCAUGCAAGCUGCUGCAGAGUAUCUGUAUGACAUUCUGACAAAGGCAACUGUAGUGAAGAAAAGGGUUCCUGUGCUUAUAUUCUGCAACAAGACUGAUAAAGUUACAGCCCAUUCGAAGGAAUUCAUCAAGAAGCAGUUGGAAAAAGAAAUAAACAAGCUCCGCGAAUCAAGGAACGCUAUUUCAUCAGCUGACAUCUCUGAUGAGGUCCAGCUUGGUGUCCCUGGAGAGGCAUUCAACUUCAGCCAGUGCCAGAACAAGGUGACAGUCGCAGAAGGUGCUGGUUCGACAGGUAAUGUUUCAGCUGUCGAGCAAUUCAUUCGUGACUAUGUGAAGGCGUAGAUUCUUAUCGGAGCUGCGAGUGGCUCACAGUAAGAGGGCAAGAGGCAAGACACCCAUUGCAUCAAUGUGGAAGUCCUGCCUAUACCUUCAUCGGGUUUGCUGACCUUUUUAGAGAAUUUUAGCACUGCAUUGCUAACACCUGACGGUCAUUGGAUAUGAGUGUAUACAGCGUGUUAUACCUGGCCGGCCAUAUGGGUUUUCCUUUUGCUCUCCAACUUUGAUAUUUCCUUGGUACUGUUUCGUUG